AAGCCAAGUAGAGAAAUAGGAAAUGGUAGACGGGAAAUACUAGACCACAUCGACAAAGUUCGAAUGGACAACAAAGGAAGCAUUAGCGCGUCAUCUGCUGUGAUACUUGAUUCCUUACAAAUGAAACUUACUGAAACAUCACACGAACUACUUUCAACAUUAUUAAUGGCAGAUACAACUCAUAUCAGCAAAGACGAGGCCGCAUUAUAUGAUAGACAAAUUAGAUUAUGGGGUUUAGAAGCUCAGCAACGAAUGCGUAUUUCAUCAAUUCUAAUCAGUGGGAUGCGAGGACUAAGUAAUGAAAUAUGCAAGAAUUUGGUUCUUGCAGGGAUCGGCUCGAUUACAAUAAUUGACCAUAAUGUGGUUACAGAAGAAGAUCUUGGAACACAAUUUUUUGUGACAGAAGCAGACAUAGGAAAGAAUAAAGCAAUUGUUUCAGUUGAUCGGAUUCGUCAAUUAAAUCCUCGUGUCGUAGUGACAGCCGACAAUAACGACAUACGUGCCAAGUCUGAUGAUUUCUUCAAAACCUUUGAUUUAGUGUGUCUUACAGAUUGCGACCCUUAUACAAUGAUCCGAAUUAAUGAGAUCUGCAGAAUUUUUGAUAAAAAAUUUUAUGCAGCUUGCACUUAUGGUUUCUACGGUUACAUUUUUUGUGAUCUUAAACAACAUGAAUAUAUAGUAGAACGAAAGGUAGCAAUACCACAUAAAGAUGAGCACGAAAUAACAAAGAUAAAAAAGAAUGACGAAUACGUGAGCUUUCAAUGUGCCUUAUCCAAAGCUGAUUGGACAGAGAUUUCAGAUAGAAAACUAAAAAAGAUUUCGCCUUUAUUAUGGGCUAUUCAAAUUUUAUGGAAAUUUCAACAAGAAAUGGGUCGAUUACCAGCAACAAAUGAUAAUUCGGACGUUGAAAAAUUGUUAUCCCUGAGAAACUCGUAUUUGCAAACUAUUCAUAUUAAUAAUCUAUUUGUAACUGAUGAAUUUCUUAUAACUCUCGCAUCAUUUGCACUUACGGAAUUAACACCUAUAUGUGCAAUCCUGGGAGGUGUUUUAGCUCAAGACAUCCUGAAUGUGCUGUCCAAGAAGGGUGCCCCCAUUAACAACUUGUUUGUUUUUGACGGGCUUCAAG